UUGGAGGAAAACAUGACGUAGAUCUUUAGUUCCGUUUCCGGGCUUUUGCGGGAAGAUUGUUUUGUCUUUAAGCGUGUUUGUUUUUGAGCAUUUAAAUACCAUCCAAAAUAUGUCCCGAAGAAGACGAGAUUCAUAUAGUGAUGACGAAGAUGAUGAUGCACCAAGGAAAAGACGGCGUCAGUCGGAUAAUCUUGAUAUCGAAGAUCGUCUUGAUUCUCUCAUUACACGAGUGGGGGAAAAGAGUACGUCUUCAUUAGAGAGCAACUUGGAAGGUCUUUCCAGCGUGUUGGAAGCAGAUUUACCAAAUUACAAACACAAGAUUCUCAAGAUACUUUGUGAAUGUGUUGUUGCCAUGCCAGAGAAGCUGUCUGUGUACUCCACUCUGAUUGGUCUGCUCAAUGCCAAGAACUACAACUUUGGAGGGGAGUUCACUGAGAUGUUGGUACGAAACCUGAAGGAAGCUCUGAAAACGGGACAGUUUGAGAAUGCUAGAAUGAUCGUCAGGUUUUUGUCGGAUCUCGUGAACUGUCAUGUCCUAGUAGCCGCGUCUCUGUUGCAGAUGUUUGACAACUUCAUUGAGGUGACGCUGGAAGACAACAUUCCACAGGUGCGAUCAGACUGGUACGUGUACGCGGUUCUCUCGGCCCUGCCCUGGGUCGGCCGUGAACUGUAUGAGAAGAAGGAAGCGGAGCUCAACGCAAUGCUCGUGUCCAUUGAUAACUAUAUUGGCAAACGUCAGCGUAUCCACCAGCCGGCCUUGAGAGUGUGGCACACGGAUGAACCCCACCCACAGGAGGAGUACCUGGAUUGCCUGUGGGCUCAGAUCAGAAACCUGCGUAACAACAAGUGGAUGGAGAAGCAGAUCCUGCGUCCGUGUCUGGCGUUCGACAGCAUCCUGUGUGACGCGCUGCAGCACACCCUCCCCCAGGUGAUCCCCCCGUCACACAAUGAGGAGAUGACCUACCCACUGCCCGCCGUCGUCUUCAGACUCUUCGACUACACCGACGUCCCAGAGGGCACAGUUUUACCUGGAAGUCAUUCGAUCGAAAGAUACCUGAUAGAGGAGCAGCUCCACAGAAUAAUCUGCACAAAUUACAUUGAAAGAAAGGACUGUGCGGCGAUGUUGCUUAGUUUUCCAAACAAGAAUAAAAUACCACUCAACUACAUGAUUGUCGAGGUGAUGUUUUCCCAGCUGUUUCAGCUGCCGUGUCCACCGUUUCUCGAGAUCUUCUAUGGGUCGACGCUCAUAGAAUUGUGCAAACUGCAGCCCGGAUCCAUGCCGCAAGUCCUUGCACAGGCCACUGAAAUGUUAUAUGAGAGAAUCGACAACAUGCAUACAAUAUGUAUAGACAGGUUUGCCAGCUGGUUCUCUUACCACCUGAGUAACUUCCAGUACCGCUGGAGCUGGGACGACUGGGCCGAGUGUGCCAAGAUGGACUCUGAGUACCCCAAGGCCAAGUUCAUCAAGGAAGUCCUCCACCGAUGUGUCAGGUUCUCGUAUCACCAGAGAAUUGUAGACACAGUUCCGGAUAUCUUUUCUACACUCAUGCCUGCCAAACCGCAGUCGAAUUUCAAGUAUGAAAAAGAAGGAGCAGGUUCCUUGCCGGGCACGAUGCAAGCUCAUUCUCUGAUGGCCGCCAUCAAGUCAAAGUGUUUGCCGGAAGAAGCAGCCCAGAUUCUAAAAGAUCUGCCAAACCCUCUGAAAGAUGAUGACAGUGACGUCGAGCCACCGUACCACCCAUUGAAGAUUGACGUUUUUGUUUCAACACUUCUUUUCCUCGGCAACAAGUCAUUCAGUCAUUCGUUUGCGGCUCUUGCCAAAUUCCAUCCUGUGUUGAGAGCACUAGCAGAGACAGAGGAGGGACAGAUAUGUCUCCUAAAGACUGUGUUUGAGGUGUGGAAGACUCACCAGCAGAUGAUGGUCGUCUUGGUUGACAAGCUGCUUCGAACCCAGGUCGUCGAGUGUUCCGCUGUCGCCAACUGGCUCUUCUCCAACGAGAUGUUACCAGAAUUCACGUGUUUUUACGUUUGGGAGAUAAUGCACGGAACGAUAAAGAAGAUGGGCAACCAGGUGAUUCGUCUACAGAAGAAAGUGGAAGAAGCUCACGACAAGCUGGAAGCGGCCAGACGAAAGGUUGCCGAUGGCCUUGACCUUGACCCAAUGGAUGAUGACGACAUCCCGACGGAGGAGCAGAUUGUCGACAUGGAGGAGAAGCUGGAGACGACGCAGAGUCAGCAGAAGAGUCUCUUCCUCAUCAUUUUCCAGCGGUUCAUCAUCCUGCUGACGGAACACCUGGCACGGUGCGAGGCGGAGGGAAUCGACUACAACACGCCCUGGUACAAGUGGGUCAUUGAGAGACUGCAACAGGUUUUCCUACAGCACCACUCUCUCGUCUACCGGUACAUCCAGACACUGGAGACGUUACUCUUCACGAGCGACAUCGACAUUCAUAUUCUGGAAAUAUUCCAACAGUUCUGUGCCCUGAGGUCAUGAUACAACUCUCGGAUGUCUUUUUAACAUUAUUUUUGCAGUUUCUGUUAACAUUUUAACACGGUGCAGUAGAAAUUAAGCUGCCUGUUACAUCUUAAGGACGGUGAUCUAGACACAUUCAGAAGUUGUGUGAGAGUAUUGUUUUGUUCAAAUCAUGUCAUGUGUCCAAGGGAGGGGGCCAGGGGGACCUGUCUCCCCCCUUAAAAAAAUUAAAGCACUCUUUUCUUCAACAUUGUUUUUUAACAAUAUUCUUUAAAAUGCUCUUUUCAGAGAGUUGGUCCAUGUGCCCAUUUUGCCCUUGGUCCCCUCCCUAAAAGAGUUCCUGGGUCUGCCCUUGCACCUGUCAAGAUAACCACGUGCCCCUUGUUUGAACUACAACACUUCCUUCCUAACACCAGUUGGUCCAUGUGCCCAUUUUGCCCUUGGUCCCCUCCCUAAAAGAGUUCCUGGGUCUGCCCUUGCACCUGUCAAGAUAACCACGUGCCCCGUGUUUGAACUACAACACUUCCUUCCUAACACCAGUUGGUCCAUGUGCCCAUUUUGCCCUUGGUCCCCUCCCUAAAAGAGUUCCUGUGUCUGCCCUUGCACCUGUCAACAUAACCACGUGCCCCUUGUUUGAACUACAACACUUCCUUUCCUAACACCAGUUAGUCUGUUGAGAAGUACAAUUUUCCCCUUCAUCAACAUUUUAAAAGAGAGUGGUUUUUCACUCAUCUAGGUUUUUCAAAAAUGAGUCUUGAAAAGUACCAUAAUUCUUAUGUUUCAUUUAUUGUUUUAUUAAAUAUGGUGAAAAAGGAUUUGGGGAGUAGUCACCGAGUGUGUCUUUAUUGAUUUAUUUGAGGACAGUACUGUAACGGAGAGCAGUGGCCAGGCUUGGAGAGUAAAUCCACAACAAACUGAUGUUGACUCCUUUAACCCUUUCCAGACUGACUUAAUGUAUGUUUGGCGUGGGAUUUUAAACUGUUUUAGCAGUACAUGCGACAAUCAUUUGUAGAGUUGGGCGGUAUACCGUAUAUACCGUUCGGUAUCGGUAUCAUGUCAGUACUGAUUUAUCAUACUGAGCAAAUUUCAAUAUACCGAAAUUUUGGUAUUGCAGAAUGUUUCCCAUCAUUUAGUAAAGCACUAACAAUAUAUCUGAUGAACACAAAAUGGGUUGGGUAUAAAUCAGACAGAAGCCUUGUGUAUGGAAUUUAAUUUUAUGUACAUGACCCUUAACUCGGGCAUGCCAAGUAUACAGAAUAUUGUACCGAUACCGAAGUAAAUCAUGCAAAAAAUACCAAUAUCGAGCCUCAAAUUUCAAUACCGCCCAGCUCUAAUCAUUUGUCAUUUUACCAGUGUUGCAGAACAAUUAGUAUAAUUUAUCUGUAGUGAGUUCAGAAUUACUAUCAGACCUUUCUUUUACUGUCAUUUAAUUCAUUACUAAGCUGCUGAAUAAACAGGCUUGAUUUUA